AUGAGGAGAAAAAAAUGGCAUAGAGAUAUAUCAACUGACAAUAAAAAUAUUUCACCUCUUCUUCUGAAUAUUGAAGUGCUUACCAAUGAUAGUGAUAGCGAAAGUAGUGAGAAUGAUCUAAUUUACAACAUAAGUGAUCUCGAAGAACUUAUAACUCUCAAAUUUAGAGAAUAUAAAGAACUAGAAACCAACCAAAAAUGUUGA